AUGCAAGUCCUCCUUGUAGCAGAGCAGAAAAAUCAACUCGUGACUUUAAACCAUCAAGCUCGUCCCACUGGAUCUGCUCCAUUCCCGGAAGCGAAUGUUGCAUCAUCCAGUUAUGAUAAUAGGAAAGGACGAGGUCGUGGACGUGGUGGAAAUCUUUAUCAUGGUCGUGGAAGAGGACGAGGAAGAAGAUUCCGUCCCUAUGAUGAAAGAAAUAAUACAGAAUUCCACGAAAAUGAAAGGAAUGAAAAAAACCGGGAUGAUAAAAGGCAAACGGGAAAUGUUUGCUACAAAUGCGGCAUGAAAGAUCAUUUGGUACGUAAUUGUCGUACUCCAAAACACUUAGCCGAUCUGUAUAGAGAAUCCCAAAAGGGAAAAGAGAAAGGAAGAGGUGAAACAAACUUCAUCUCUGAUGACCCCGAGCCAUCCUUUCAUGGUUUAAAUGAUGAUACUCAUCUCGACGUAUCAGAUUUUCUGGUUGAGCCAGAGAGUAUCGAUAAGUGA